AUGAAUCAGGGUGUUGAGGGGACGGGCUUGGCGUUCAUCGCAUUCACCGAAGUCAUGGCUGUCUUCCCAGCCAGCCCCUUCUGGUCCACGCUGUUUUUCCUGAUGCUGCUCAACCUGGGCCUGAGCACCAUGUUCGGAACCAUGCAGGGAAUCCUCACGCCGCUCAUGGACAGCUUUAGCCUUUUGGGGCGCCAUCGGACCCUACUCACCGUGUUCAGCUGUGCGUUGGGGUUUGUGAUUGGGUUAUUGUUCACCCAGCGUUCUGGCAACUACUUUGUAACCAUGUUCGACGACUACUCUGCAACCCUACCGUUAGUCAUUGUUGUCAUCUUUGAAACCAUCAGUGUGGCCUGGGUUUAUGGCACAGAUCGAUUUUUGGAUGAUAUUGAAGUCAUGCUCAAGUGGCGCCCUCCAGUGUUGUACAAAUACCUGUGGAAAUAUGUGUGCCUGCUGGCAAUGGUGGGUCUUCUGACUGCCAGUUUGUUACGAAUGGUUUUCAAAGCGCCCACGUACACCGCCUGGAAUCAGACCUCAGCUUCUGAGAUGACUCUCGAGUACCCAGGCUGGGCCCUGGCUAUGAUCGUCCUGCUCGUCGUCUUCGCCAGCCUACCGGUGCCUGUUGGCUACAUCCAUUGCACGUUGAAAAACCACCGGGCGCCCAGCGCUCCCUCCCUGGAGGGGCCCGGCCAGGAGGUGCACCGAGAGCUGUACACCAAGUGCAGCUCCACCGAUCAGCUGGACUCCAGUUCUUAUGCAGUCCCGUCUGACGGGGACGGGGCUCGGUCCCGGACUGUUUUCCUGCCGGUGGGCAACGAACAGUACCAGCUCCUGUCCCAACAGGAGGAGGAGGAGGAGGAGGAGGAGGAAGAUACAAGUGUCUGA